AUGGGAGUUGAAGAGGAUGCUGUAGCUACCACGCUGCAGGGAGUGAGUACACAGGACGGCGGCAACAAGGGUAACCAAGCGCUGGGAGGCGCCAUUCCAGGGAACGAAUUGUAUUCGGGGGUUGUUCAGGGAAUGCGCUCUGCAGACGUGGUUCGGCUGCCUGCAGGGGGGAGUGGUGCCGCCGAUAAUCGAUCUGCGGACGCAACGGCUGAAGUGCGUCUUAUGAACCAUCCAAGUUCGCAAGCCGUAGAAAACGUACCGGGUUCUGGUGAUUUCGGUGCAGAGCUUCCUCAUGACCACCACAACCAUGGAAGGGAUGUGGGCUUCCGCGUCGAGUGGGAAAAGGAGACUGAAGAGAGAAGCUGGUCACCUUCGGAUCAUCGUCGCCGGCGGCGAUCUAAGAAGGACGAGAUUAUUGAAUUGCUGUUCAAGGUGGGACGAGAAGUUCGUGACGGGAGGGCUGAAUUGGGUGAAAAAUUGGCCAACAUGCAGCGCUCAAUAGAGGAAGUUAAGACUUCAACCGCUACCUCACUGCAACAACUAUCACAGACUCUUUCUGGCGUUGUGGUAAAUGAACGAUUGUCUUCCUCUGAGGCCAACGCUGUGAAAGCUGCGACAACGCAUUUGGACCGGACCACAAACGCGGCACCGAUUUUCACCGAGAAGCAGUUUGCUGAUCUGGUAGCAGCGGUAACGAAGGCAGCCGCAGAUGCUCUCGAGUCUGCGGCACGGCAAGGGAUGUGGACGCUGGAUGUUCCCACUGCUCUACAUCGGUCGGUCGAUGCGCCUGUCCAUCGGCCCAUCACGCUCGGUGUCCCUCCUACCGAUGACGCUGGUCUGCCAUUGAACCCUGGACACGCUAUUGUAGACGCUACACUCAAACCAAACCCCAACCUCGCGAAUCAAGGGGCAGCUAAUACUGGGAUUGUCUUGCCGGGCCCGGAGACAGAGGAUGCGGGAAUUUUCCAAGGGGUGUAUACGGUACCCGUAACACAAGGAGAUGUAACAGACAUGUCGAGGAAAGGAGGCGAUGUGAAUUUCGUACAGCCUGUCCCCAACAGCUGCGCUGUGGAGCAGUGCAACACUUUGCCGGUGGCAGCGGGGGAGGGUAUGGGCACUCUGUCUAAAAGUUUCGGAAUGCCUGUCAACAGUAGUGCAGGUGCGGAUCUCCAAGUUCCGUUGGGCCACCGCCCUACGUCGAACGUUCCCGCUCCCAACACUACAGGCCAAAAGCAAUUGAGUUGGGUGAAGCGGCAGAAGAUGACCGAGGCCACCGUCAUUACCGAGGACGGCAAGACAUUGGAUGCGGAGGGACCCUUUAAGGGGACUGGGCUGUUCGACCUUCCUGCUCCGAAAGGUGGCUCCCGAACGUGGACCUUGGAUCAAAACCGUCGGCGGCCGCAGGUGGUCUCUGGGAACGUUCGACAGCCAGGAAGAACAGCAUUUCUGUGCGGCCGUCUGCUUGUGUGUCUAUUUUCCGGACUGCAACUUGCAGAAGUUCAAGAUACUACCUGA